UGUAACCGGACCAGACGAACAAGGCAUGUACCGCCUAGCUCGGACCACUCGGCGGUGGGCGGGUGGGCUCGUACACGCCCAGGUACCAUAAUAUGCCCAGACAGUGCCAAAUCCUGCCAUACCGCGCCCUGACUGUACUCUGCGGUACCCCGGUGGUACGCCCGGCACGAGGCAUGUACAGUACAGGUCAAAUCCAGACUGACUGACUGGAUCGAGGCCAUUCCCUUGCUCGCCCAUCAGCCUGUCCUUUCCUGUCGCUACGCAAUGCAACGCAAUGCCAUGCAUGCACUCUCCUGCACUCCCUUUCCUCCUCCUCCAUUCUGACUGAUACUCUCCAUUUCGCCUUCGUGCUCGACUGACUGGCUCUCUUUUUUCUCUCCUCCUGUUCGACUCCUUUCCUUGCAUUUCCCUUUCCGCCCUUACCUUGGGCCCCAUCCGCUUAGCUUGCCUUACCGAACAUCUUAUAACCCUCGGAUACCUCAUCCACUCAUUCCACCCUGUGUCACUCUCUUUGACUGAAUUUCCUCUUUUUUUCCUCCUUGCUUCGGCUGCCUGUUUCCUAGAGCGGUUUCAGCACCGACUGUACACCAAGUCUACCAAGAGGGCACCCUCAGAUAUUUGACACGCCUACGCCGUCGUCGCCUUACCUUAUCCGGGCAUACUCACGCUCAGCCAACCCGUCGCUUCUCGGUCUGAAGUUGUGUGUAUGAGUGACCCUGUGUUACUCUAGACAUUACUCCCGUUCACUCUGCAAGCCGCCUCCUUCCACCUAGGCUCCGAUACAAUAAGUCCCGUCCGUACUCCCGUGGCUACUUCCAUCCCGUGGCCAUAGUCAACUUCGCCUCAAACCGCCCUGCCUUGACCCCUAGGAGCGCUCAGGGGCAGUCGCCGUCAUUGCACGGACAGUCGCCUCGACCGUCAAAAACUUAAAGCCUCCUGCCCUGAAGAAGAAAAAAAAGCCGGCUGGCUUGAGUCGCAACGGGACCAGCGCUUCAUUCCAUCCGGGCUCGGAUUCCCUGCUCUUUGUUCCGCACCCUCCCGCAGCCAUACCAACACUGCUUCUGUGACAAGCCGGACGAGACCCGCCCGGUUUCUCGCCCCUUCCUCCCUUCCGAUAAUUACAUCCGCCACUCUGCAAACAGUUAAUUUGCCUUACUCGUGGGCCACAUUACCUUCCCAGACGACACGAGCCAACGUCGACGCUUCAAAAGAUCGGGAGCACUGCGCCUCUUGCAUUGUCGUAAUCACGGACGACGGCGACCAAGUUUAGCUGGGAAUAGGGAUCGCCGACUACUCGACUCCUUUGGUGACACUGCAGCUACAUUUUCUUGACUAAGGCUGGCAUUCUAGCUGGCGGCCUCGAUAUUCUUCUGUCUCGUCGUUGAUCUCCCAAGGCGGAUAUUUGGCCACUAUCGGCGAAUCGCUUAUCGUCACUUACACCAGUUCUCCCACCUCACGAUUUCCUGUGUUACCAUCUUGAACGCAGUGACGAGACCAGCUGGGCUGGAGAAGUGAACAGGGAAAAUGGCCGACCAAGGCGCCGGCGGGCACAUCUCGCAACACUCAAGGUCAGAAUCUCAAAAUGAAACCGCACCAGCAGAGAGAUUAGUGGACCAAAUAAGUACGACAUCGACCGAUCCAGAAGACCAUGUACUGCAGCACCCACGAUCAGAAUCCGAAACAUCCCAGACUUCAAAUACAUCAGCAUCCUCGACACCAUCAGUGGCGUCGUGUCCAUCAUUAAUACAGCCCGAGAAUAUGCAAGCUCGUCAGUUGGCCCCCGCGAGGACGCCCGAACCGAGGAGCCACAUUUCUCACCCACCCCGACCGCUCGAACCACCUGUGACCAAGGCGACGCUGAGCGAGUUGGACGUGAGCAAGAUCAUUCACAAUCCCAAACUCCGUCACGAUAUCAAUUUCGAUCCGGAACUGCAUUUCCGACCAAAUCUGGACGGAGACAAGGGGCGGAGGAAGCAGGAGAAGGCCAACCAGUUCUGGACGACGCUUCGUGACCAGCUCACUUCUUUUGUGGUGGAUCGGGAUGCAUUCAGAAGGGAGUUCCCCCCCGGGGCCGACUGGUGUUUGCCCAUUCUGCUGAAGUCUGUCAAGGAGAUCAUACAGACGUUGGUGCCACAACGAGAUCGUGAAUUCCUCCAUGAGGGUUUCAACGUGGAGCUUCUAAUGCAACAGUUCAACCAGGGUAUGGCGGAUCUGGAAAAGGUUGCAUCGUGGCUGUCCGGUGUCCUUAAGCUUCACUGUGCCCCCAUGCGUGAUGAGUGGGUGGAUGAGAUGUACAGCGAACUUUCCAACGGCAACCGCAACAACGACAUGGCUGAACUCGUGAAGGGUAUGCGGAGUCUGCUGAGCGUCCUAGAGGCGAUGAAGCUCGACGUUGCAAACCAUCAGAUCCGGUGCCUCAGGCCGAUGCUGAUCGAGGACACUGUGCACUUCGAGCAGCGGUUCUUCUACAAAAAGAUUGCGGCGAGUAGGCUGGACAUCAGUGGGGCGCGGCUGUGGUACGCGGAGGCGUUGCGGUGUCACUCGGGGACGCCCCAGGACACCCGGAGCUUUGGUGAAACGGCUGCAUUCUUUGCGGCCCUAGCCAAGCUGAUCCUUCCCUCGACAGCCAAGGAGACCAUUCCAAACACAUUCCUUUUCGACGAGGAGCGUAUCAUCAAGCUUCGCUCCGACAUGCUCGACGCCAUCAACCUCGAGGUAUGCAUGAGACUGUAUGAUGACCUGGAUCGUGUGUCCAGGAUCACUUCUGUCACGCCGUCCUUCGUACAGCCGCCCACCUCGGUUCCAUCGUACGUGGCCGACGAAGAAGCCAGUGUACACAGCAACAGGAACUCUUGUGACUUCAGCUUCUUCAACACGCCGUCAUCCCGUCCUUCAAGCCUCACACUCUCCGUCUGCGGCUCCACAACCUCAUCGCCCAGGAGUUCCGGCUACAUCACCCUCCAGCCGCCCACCUCAGCCGAUACCGCCGAGGCGAAAUCCGACAAGGACAACACCGUGUACGAUUCGCUGGUUGCCCUGCUGAACACGGCCCCGCAAAAUCAGAGACCGCAACAGCGGUGGCAAGGCCUUGUACCUUCUAUUGCAAUUCAAAUCCUCCGCUACACGAACGCUCCGCAAGACUUCCUGCCUAGGUUCGAGGCUAAGCUCGCCCAGCACCUUUGCGAGAUGAACAGCGAUCUGUACCAGGCAGUCGAGGCUGCCUUCCAGCGCAGAAUCAUGAGGUCGCUCAGCGUUCGAGUCAAGGACUUCAGGAGCCUAAGCGGUGUCGCACUCUUUUCCGUCGCUACUGGCGGGCGGAUGGGAAGUUCGGGAUCCGCACGAGGGGACGACGGCGGUUGUGAUCACUCAAUGUCUUCCGAGGCAGGACAGACGUCGAGGGAAGAAGGAGCCCUGCAGGAGCUCGUGGAGGACAUGGCCGUGCGCUUAGCCCACCUGGGUAUUCUGCAUUGGAGGGUUUGGGCCCAGCUGGCCUAUCUGGAAGAAGACCCGGACGAGAUGGACAUCGAGUAAGACGACCACCAUCCGAAGAAAACAGCGCCGUGGAUCCGACCCGUGCGGCGACUAUAGUCACGCCCGCGCUCACACAGGAAAAGGGAGAAACUGUUUCCGUUCCAAUUGUCACCAACUACUAAUUUCCUUUCCGACUCCUAAUACCCCAGCAUUGUAAUAUUUGAAUUUUUUCAGCUUGCAUAUCAAGUUGGCAGUCUGUCACAUGGCGGGCAGUAGAAAGGAGCGGGAACAGCGAUGUCGAGAAAACGGCGUUCCAGGGUCACAAGGCGGUUCUUUGCAUUUCAACUUCUGCGGGGAGUACUAGCACAUCGCGCGGGGUUUUCUUGGUUCUGUUGUUGGUUUUGGAUUUUCACACGCGAUCAAUUUUCGCCUGUAGUCAACUGAUUGCGUGGCAUCGCGGGGACAAAAGGGCGCUUUGUCGACGUAUUUUAUUUUGUUGUUGCUUUAUUAGAAGAACGCUAUGUUCACACUAUUACUACCUGUUACCUGGCCUUGCUCCCAGCCUGGUCAUCAGCUUGGAGCAACUCCCCCAUCUUUGCAGCUGUGUGUAGGGCAGAUGGUAAAACACGGGAAAUCAUCACCAGACCCGGAACAGAACAAGACGGGAAUCAAACUGCUUUGGAAAAAAACAAAAA